AUGUCGCAGACAGACGCCCCAAAACAGCAGCAGGACGAGCAAGUGGAAUCCAUUGACGCAGCACCACCUUCUACGCCUGGUCCCGACCACGGCAUGAAAGAAGACCAGGCACUGGAACUGAUCGAGGACGUAGGUCACUCGACUAUUUUGACCCCAGAGAACAACGCGCACGUCCUGCGAAAGAUCGACCUCAGACUUCUCCCUAUUCUUCUAGGGAUUUAUUUUCUUCAACAGCUUGACAAGUCGACUCUUGCAUAUGCAUCCGUAUUUGGGAUUAUUGAAAAAGCUCACCUCCAUGGCCAGGAGUAUUCCUGGCUGGGCUCGGUGGUUUACCUUGCCCAGCUCGUCGCCCAGCCGUUGGUGGCAUAUUGUCUGGUCACUUUGCCCCUAGGAAAAUUCCUGGCGGCCUCAACCCUCCUUUGGGGGAUUAUGCUGUCCUGUAUGACGGCAGCAGGCAGCUUUGGUGGUCUGCUGACUUGUCGAUUGCUUCUUGGUCUGUUUGAGGCGGGAAUUGCACCGGCCUUUAUUGCUGUCACCCAGAUGUGGUACCGGCGACGUGAGCAGCCUGUGAGAUUAGGAUCAUGGUACGCAAUGAACGGGGUGGUCAAUAUGGUUGGCAGCUUGUUAACUUGGGGACUUGGGCAUAUCAAAUCGCCGGUCUUGGCUCCUUACCAAAUUAUUUUUAUUUUCUUUGGUCUCAUCACCGUCGGACUGUCCGUGGUUAUACUAAUUUACAUGCCGGAUUCCCCUAUCAAGUCCAAAUUUCUUCAAGAAGAGGAUAAGCUUGUGGCUAUUGAGAGACUCCGCAUGAACCAACAAGGUAUUGAAAGUGACAAAUGGAAAUGGGACCAUGUUAAAGAAGCAUGUCUUGAUGUCAAGUCCUGGUUCUGGUUUGCGUUGAUGUUCUCAAUCUCAAUCCCGAGCGGCGGUAUCUCCACCUUCGGCCCCUUGAUCAUCCAGUCCUUUGGAUUUAACGAACUCGACACCAUUCUUUUCAAUAUCCCUUUUGGCGCUGUCCAGCUCGUUGCUACUAUGGGCGGUGCCUGGCUGGCGACCUUUUUGAAGAUGAAGGGCCCGGUUUUGAUUCUGCUAUGCCUUCCGCCCAUUGCGGGAUGUGCGAUGCUGCUUCGUAUUCCGCAUGAUGAUAUGCAUAAAGCUCCUUUGCUUGUGGGGUACUAUAUUAUCUCUGUUUACCCGGGGAUCACGCCCUUGAUCUACUCAUGGUCUGCAGCAAACACAGCCGGAGAGACGAAGAAGAAAGUGACCACCGGUAUCCUGGUCGUGGGUCAAUGCAUCGGUAAUGUGAUUGGUCCGAACCUCUAUACCACAGCAGAGGCUCCUCUCUAUACCCGCGGUCUCACCUCAAACCUUGCAAUGUUCUGCGUUUUGGUUGUUCUCUGCGCGUCAAACAUGGCAUAUCUGACUGUCCUGAACAAGAAACACGAGAAGCGGCGUGUGGAACUAGGAAAGGAUGCCAAAACCGUAGACUACUCCAUGCAUGCUGUUGGCGCUGUGGAGAGAGACAAGGAGGGCAUGCCUAUUCAGGUACUUGCUCAGGACAAUGCGUUCAAGGACAUGACGGACAUGAAGAACGAGGACUUUGUAUACGUAUCAGCGAUGCAGUCGGAUGAAUCCUUGCAUAUUGUUCCGCCGCCGAUUGGGAAAAAGCGCAUCCCGGUUAGAUGCGAUGAAGAGAGACCAUGCACAAGAUGCCAGAAACUAGACAAGCAGUGCAUUUUCUUUGAGGUACCCAAAGAUCCCGUUUCAGAAAGACUUGAUGGUGUCGAGUCCGAGGUCCAACACCUCAGACAACAGCUCAAUGAGAUACGCCACCUGCUCCAAUUCCAUGCUCGACGUGGUUCAUCAUGCGCUCAGUUCACACAUCCCCAUGAAGGCCUCGAUGCUUUAGCGUUAGCAGGUUCAUCAGGAUAUGCAGAUGGUCGCUCGCAGCAAUCUAUCCCCGCGCUCUCGCCCAGCGGUAUGUCAAUGAAUCCACACCCUGAUGCGCUGGGAUUGAGUCCCGUUCACGGAAAUAAGCGGAAACGCCCUGGAUUUGAGAUUCGGGAUGAGCCUAUCUCGGAUUUUAUUGACAAAGGUCUCAUUACCAUUGAAUGCGCUGUGUCGUGUUUCAAGACGUUCUUCGAAGGUUGUGAUAGGUAUAUCCCAAUCUUCGAACCAGAGCAUGACACAUUCAAUUCUGUACGGUCUCGAAGCAGUAUCCUCCUCAAUGCUAUUUGCACCAUCGGCUGCAUGGUCGAAACCAGAUCCGGCGGCCCCAUGUCCGACAUGCUACACGCCGAACUCAAGAAAUGGAUUAACGUGAUUAUUCAAAACAAACGCUUGAACUGCCUCGAGUCAGUGCAGGCAUUACUCGUGGUCGCCUGCUACUCAGCUGAACGUCUAUUGAUCCUAUCCUUUGCAACCCGCAUGGCUCUAGAUUUAGGAUUACAUGAUGCUUUUGAAGAACUUACGCAGCGGAUUUCAAUGAGAAACGCCGACGAAGGAUAUAGCUUUGCGGACACGGAUUUGGAAGAAGAGAGACAGUUGAUGAGGAAGUCAAGGACUUGGUUUGGACUUUUGGUUCUGGAACAUAUAUUUCAUGUCGAUGGUGGGAAGCCUCCUGGAAUUCGAUUGACGGGAAAUCCUCGACGGUGCCGGGUUUUGCUUGGACACCCGUCGUCCAUUGCGUUGGAUCUGCGGCUGUUUUCUCAGGUCGAGCUCAACAUCAUGAGAGGUACUUCAUCCCAUCUUCUUCUGGUUUUCACAUUCUCACCUGCUUUGAUAGCCAAUAUCAACGACACUCUAGGCAUUGAAGCAGCACUUGACAGGGCAAGUAUUGUUGACUUCGUUCACGACGUCAAGAUUGAUCUGGAUCUAUGGCUUGACGACUGGAUGCGCAUAAUCGAAAGCUCCACGGUCACAAAAGAAGAGAAACCUUUCUCACUACUUGCGUUGAAAGUCCAAAAAUGCUGGGCUGAAAUGAUGCUUAACUGCAAAGCUCUCCGAGCCAUGGGCGUCGAGAACGUGGCCGCCAUGACUCCCACCGAGCGAAACGUCCUCUUAACAGCCAAAUCCAGUGCACUUCGACACCUGCGCAUCAUCAUCGCCGAACCACAGUUAUACAUCGCCACAUUGAAGUAUGCCAUGGACUUUGUCUGGGCCAAAUGCGCAUUCUCAUUCCUGCUGCUUCUAAAACUAUCCCGACUUCUCCCUGAGCGCGAAGAAGAACACGAAGAGUUUCUGGAGUAUGGGAAUCGGCUGGUGGACGAGCUCAGCAAGGCCGGGUCGAAUGGUAGUCACUCUCGGACGGGGAAUAUCUACCUACAGAUCCUGAAAGUCAGUAUUGAAAAGUACGGGCGUGCACUGAGAGAAACUCCACAGUCAAGUACGGGGGGUAUUGAUGCUACAUCCCCGUUCUGGGAGCUCUUUGAUGCGCAGACAGAUUUGCAGUGGUUUGUGCCGGAGCAGUUUGUCUCGGAGUGGGACUUUCCGGGGUUGAAUUUGUUCUAUUUUCCUACGACGUGGCAGGACUUUUUUGGAGAUUUCUCUUUGGCGAUGUAG